UCAACUCUAUUCCCUAUUGUGUACCUGAUUUCAAACAAGAGGAGAGGAUGUAUUUUAAAAGUGUUUAAAUAUCUAUUUUCACAUAACAUGUAAACUAUUUACAUAAUUAAGCCAAAGAGAUGAUUGCCAAUUUUAUCCAAAUAGUCCAAAUCAUCACCCACUGGGGUCAACCAUGGGUAGCAUUGAUAUGCUGAGAUGUUCAACAUUGUUUUGGGACGACUGUACUUGUUAUCAUACGGAACAUAUGACUGCCAUGCGUUUUGACGAUGUUCUCGAUGAGAUUGGAGGAUUCGGGCGAUACCAGAAGUGGGUGUUUUUCCUCACCCUGGGGCCAAAUCUGUUGGCUGGGUUUAUCAUGCUCAACCCAGUCUUCCUCCUAGGUAUACCAGAACAUAGGUGUGCCAUACCUAACUGUGAGAACGACACUUUUGAGGUACAAAGCCCCACCCACCAGGAAUCGAUUGAUGAGUAUAUCCCACUCUCCAAUACUAAAGGCCUUAAGUAUGACAGAUGUCACAUCUUGCUGCCUAGUGGAAACAUCUCCAUGACCACUGAGGGCGCCCUCCUUCCAAAUGACAGCCUUAGAGAGGCCUGUUCCAAGUGGGUGUAUGACCUGUCUGUCUUCACAGACACAUUUGCUUCAGAGCAUAACCUGGUCUGUGAUAAGGAGAUCCAGGUUGCUAAUGCGGAGAUGAUCUUCUACGGUGGCAUGUUGGUUGGUUCUCUCGCCUCAGGAAUAUUUGCUGAUGUAUAUGGUCGUAAGCCAGUCAUGUAUGUCUCCCUAGUGAUAAUGGUGAUCUCCAACAUCGGACUGGCCUGGGUACACGCAUACUGGCUCUUUGUGAUAGUAGAGUUUAUUCUUGGAGCCUCUGUGAUAGCCACCUUCAUGCCUGGCUAUAUCAUUUCCCUAGAACUGACAAGCUCGAGCAAGCGUGCAUGGCCGGGGGUGAUAUCUGACUUCCCGUACGUGCUGGGCCUGAUACUGAUGGCAGUAGUGGCCUACAUUGUCAGGGAAUGGUUCAAGCUACAGCUGUACACAUCCUUACCUGGCCUGUUGUUUCUCUCCUACUGGUGGUUGAUACCAGAAUCUCCCCGUUGGCUGCUAACCAAGGGCCGUGUUGCAGAGGCCAAGGUGAUCAUUGAGAAAGCCGCCCGCUGGAAUAAAACUGUGCUGCCUAAACAGUUCUUUAAGAGUAAGUGUAUGGAUGACAUGGACACCGACAAGACGGCCAGUUUCUUACAGCUGUUCUCAUCCAAGAAGAUGUGUAAAACAACUGUAAUAGUGUUUGUGAACUGGACAAUUGUUGCUAUGACAUACUUCGGGCUGGCCCUGAACUCAGACAACCUGGCGGGAAACCUUUACCUUAAUUUUGGCCUGUCGGCGGCGGUGGAGAUCCCAGCAUACUUUCUCGUGAUAUACCUGGUGGACCGGAUUGGCCGACGUUGGCUCUUCACAGGCUCAAUGUUGGUAGGGGGCCUGGCCUGUGCCUCCACCGUGCUGGCUAUAGAGUAUGAACCGGGAGGAGGUGACGCCAUAGUGGUUGCCCUUGCGAUGUUGGGCAAACUCUUCAUCACAGCAGCGUACAGUACAGCGCACAUUCACAGUGCUGAGCUAUUUCCCACGGUUAUUAGGAAUGCUGGAAUGGGAGGGGCAUCACUAUUUGCUAGUCUGGGUACAAUGGUCGCUCCAUACAUAGUCACAGAGGGAGAGCAGCUUGGCGGUAUAUGGGGUGAGGCAUUCCCACUCGUGGUGUUUGGGGCCCUUGCAUUUCUGACAGGUAUCCUGUCCCUGGCUCUGCCGGAGACUCUCGGGAAAAAUCUACCAGAGACGGUUGAGGAUGGGGAACGGUUUGGAAGAACUGGGGCGUUUAAUCUGGUGCGAAGUUUACGCCUCCACAAGAGUGGUGACUACGAGAGGAUUGGGGACCAUUCCUAUCAGGCUUCCAUCAAGGAGGACUCUGAACAUGAACUCUUAGUUUCACAGGACAAUAGCUUCAAGUCCUGAUAUUGUCUGGGUGUACAAGCAUUGAAUUGUUUGUGCAGUUUUCCGUGACUGUGAUAUGGAUAAUAUUAUUAAUGUUAAUAAUCUCUGUGUAGAACUAUUUAUUAAUUUUUUAUUAAGUAGGCCAGUAAUGCUUUAAAAUUUGUCAAUUUUGUAAAUAUAGGAUUAUACUGACAACAAAUCACAUGACAAAAUAGUAAUCUUAAAGGUUUUUCAUGGUCAUAUGUGUACAUGACCUUGACCUCCAUAUUUGUUCAUGGUCCUUUUCUUGGAGCAGCAGAAAUAUUUCAUGACGUUUUUUUUUUAAUUUUGAACAAUAUUUGUUCAGUACAAUUUUUUGCCAAAACGUGAGGCAUUUUUGUUCAAACAAUGAACACUGCAACAAGUUGUUAAUCAUUGUUUCUAUGGUAAAAU